AACGCAGAAUGGGGCAGCAAGUCUCCAUGGUAACGGAGUAUCGUUUGGGGAGGGGCAGACUGGGAGAAAGCGAGAAUCUGAAGGUUGAAGUGUUAAAACUCCUCAAUCGGACUCCUCUCUGUGCUGACACUGAUCCUCAUCCUCUCGGGCCUCCUGCUUACUUCUUCAGCCUCACUGAGCUACAGACAGCGGACACACACCAGGACAGGGAUGGCGGGCACAUCGAGACACGACAGAGAGAUGGCGAUGAACGCCAAGCGGCAGCUGUCCGAGUGUUCAGACCCCAUAGAGAGACUCCGGCUGCAGUGUCUGACUCGAGGCUCAUCUGGGAUCAAAGGUUUGGGCAGGACCUUCAGAGUGAUGGACGACAACAACAACCGCUCGCUGGACUUCAAGGAGUUCAUGAAGGGGUUAAACGACUACGGGGUGCUGAUGGAGAAGGACGAGGCCACAGCUCUGUUUCAGCACUUUGACCGCGACGGCAGCGGGACCAUAGACUUCGACGAGUUCCUCAUCACUCUGAGGCCACCGAUGUCCAAGGCCCGGAAGGAGGUGGUCAUGCAGGCGUUUCGGAAGCUGGAUAAAACGGGUGACGGGGUGAUCACCAUCGAAGACCUGCGGGGUGUUUACAAUGCCAAGUACCACCCCAAGUACCAGAACGGGGAGUGGACAGAGGACCAGGUCUUCAGGACGUUCUUGGAAAGCUUUGACUCUCCGUAUGACAAAGACGGAAAGGUGACCCAGGAGGAGUUUAUGAAUUAUUACGCUGGUGUGAGCGCCUCCAUCGAUACAGACGUCUACUUUAUUGUGAUGAUGAGAAAUGCCUGGAAACUCUGAGUUAGCGCCGUUCUGGUGACCCAUGAUGAGUUUAUGAACUAUUACAGUGGUGUCAGCGCCUCCAUCGACAGCGACGUCUACUUUAUACUAAUGAUGAAAAACGCUUGGAAGCUGUGAAUCACAUUAAAACUCCAGAAUCUAAGCACCUCAUGGAUUUCCGACAAACGGGAUUUGUUUUAAAUGAUCAUACUGACGUGUCUGAUCAGAUCUGUAGCCUGAGUUCUGUCAUAUUAUCAGUUAGAAGUCAUAUUCUAAAUAAAUGCAGUUACACAGA